UUUUUUUUGUUGAAAUAUAUAUAUUAUAUUAUGUUAUUAUUAUAUAAAAAUCAUUCCUUUUAUCCAUCAGAUUUUUUGGGUAAGCAGUUGGAGACAUAUGUGGCCCAGCUACCAGUACCGGUGCGAGUAGAGAGAAUGGGGACAAGAAGCGGUCUGAUUAGGGCACGUCUGAGAGGAGCCUCAGUUGCUACGGGGCAAGUGAUCACUUUCCUUGAUGCCCACUGUGAAUGCACUAAAGGCUGGCUUGAACCACUCCUUGCUAGGAUUUACUUAGACAGGAAAACUGUAGUUUGUCCAAUCAUCGAUGUCAUAAGCGAUGAUAAUUUUGGCUACCAUGCAGGUUCAGAUUUGACAUACGGUGGCUUUAACUGGAAACUGAACUUCAGAUGGUAUGGCGUACCACAACGAGAAAAUGAGAGGAGAAAAGGAGAUCGCACUUUACCUUUGAGGUCACCAACAAUGGCUGGAGGUCUUUUUGCAAUUGAUAAGAGUUACUUUGAGGAGAUAGGAACUUAUGAUUCUGGAAUGGAUGUCUGGGGAGGAGAGAACCUAGAAAUUUCAUUUAGGAUAUGGAUGUGUGGAGGUGUAUUGGAAAUAGUUACUUGUUCACAUGUUGGACAUGUGUUCAGAAAAUCUACCCCUUAUACGUUCCCUGGAGGCACUGGUAAAAUUAUUAAUCGUAAUAAUCAGAGACUAGCAGAGGUGUGGAUGGAUCAAUAUAAAAACUUUUAUUAUAAAAUGAAUCCAGGUGUUCGUAAAACAGAAUAUGGAGAUGUUACAUUCCGAAAAGAAUUAAGAAAUAAACUAAAAUGUAAAUCAUUUGAUUGGUUCUUGGAAAAUAUUUACCAAGAAUCACAAUUCCGACUGAAUGUAAAGAUGAUUGGUGAGGUAAGCAAUGACUAUUAUUAUUGUUUCCUAUGCUGUAAAGGAAUAAGAACCUUUGCAAUCCGUCCGUGCAUCUGUGACACGGACGUCAUCAAGUUCGUCAAAA